CGACUCAGAGGGCUAAGAGGCAGCAGGAGGAGGAAGAGAAGAGGCUGUGAGAGGAAGGACCGAGAGCGCAGAGGACACGAGCUGGACGAACUCCGCCGGCUAUUGGAGAACAAUAAAACUGCAGCCAUCAAAUGGAAAACCGAUGCUGUGGAGAAAGCGGAGCUGCUGGAGGAAGUGGAGGUUGUAUUCAGAGACACCACGGAUCCACGAAGGGGCCAGUACUACCAGGAGUGUCUUCUAGAAUUGCUGAGGCUAAUCCACGCUAAACACCUCCUCACCAAUGAGAGGAUUCUCAAGGCCAGUGAAAACAUCGACAUCGCGACAGGCAACAUGCAGACGGUGGUCAAAGAUGAAAACGUUACCUGUCUGUGGGCCAACUUCAGGAAGAGUCCAAGGUUUAAAGGUUUCAACUUUGAAGAGGCUGGCCUGGACUUUAAGCUUCCCAAGCAGCUGGCUGUGAGAGACGUCGGCGUACGGAUCCUUCACACGCGUUAUGACCACCUGUCGCUGCUGGCCAGGAUGGCUCAGGAAUUCAACGAGCUGGUUCAGUCCAUCCAAGGGUUGGAUGUGACCGAGUUGACUUCUCGAUGGACUGCGGUCAGCGCGUCCAAGUGGUGGACUGAUACUUAUGCUAACCUUCCCUUCCAGAGCUGGGAGCUCAGGCCAUUGGACCAAGACUCGGUUCUUUUCACCAUCAACGGGGCGCUCAUCGACCUCAGCAUCACCAUCCAGUGCUUGUUGCAGUCGGAACAAGCGAAGGGUCUUUCUCAUGUAAGAGGGAAGUGGAUGAGCAGCCCCGGGGCUGCUGAGCAAUGCGCCGGGGUCAACAUCACGGUCAACGAGUUCACGGACAAAUAAGUCUGUACUUGCGGCAAGGACCCACUUACCGAACAUGCUGCUUACGAACAGAUGGCCCUCUUCGCCUGCGCGUUUGCAUGGAACGCCAAAUGUGGAGCAGAGCAUCUAGUCAUGCAGGCGUGUGAGCAUCACAGCGCUGCCCCGGUGCCUGAAGGCUCGCGGAGCCUCUACCAGCUCGGUGCUCAGAGGAGUCAGAAGCUGGAAGUCACAGAGAAGAGUGACUGCUACUCUCCAGACCUUUAUCCCGGAAGUGAGUUUCACUCCACCUUCAUCCACAUGCUCCAGGAUGACAUGAGCAUUGAAGGCAUAGCCAGGACCAGAGAAUUUGUGGAUACAGUGCAAAGCCUGCUCUGUGCCACCAGACCACUGACCAUAACCCGGGUGAACGCCACUUGAGGGGAAACAGCCAAUUAAAGAAAUUCAAAAAGAAAAUACCAGAACUUGAUACGUUUAUGAUAUACAUAAGAACACACAUGUAUUGUAGAAUAGGCUACUUUAUUUGUGCAAAGUUCCACGCAUAUUCUUUGGAACAUACAAAAGUAUCUGAAGUUGAAAACAGUGACAACCACAGCAAGAAUAUAGAGUGGAAAAUAAAAAACUUUGGUGUCAA